GCAUCCCUCCCUCCAUGUUGAUGCUCACCCUUGAACUGUCCCGCUUCAAUCCCCCCCGGUUUGUUGUCGUUCUUGGUGUUGUAAUGUUGCAGAUACUGAAGGUCUUGCCGAGUGCCGAAAUGCUUAUCGCCGUUGAAAUUAUCGAAGCUGUUGCCUGUGCUUAAAAAGCCUGUUCGGAGCUCGCAGUGAAGGACCAUGUCGGAUGAGCACCGGGUAGGAUCUAACGGAGCUUCGGGGCCUCUUUUAGACGUGCGCGACCACAACUCACGUGGACGGUCUGAUGAGGAGGUGAAAGACAUCUACGUAUAUGGAGCGGGUUUGCACUCCACGAAUGCAAUUAUUGGACUGUCGGAUUUUACCAACCUGCAGACCUUGAGUUUGCAUGGCAAUCAGAUUGAGCUGAUUCAAGGGCUGGAGGUGCUGCACAAGCUGAUCUCUCUGAACUUAUCAUCCAACAAGAUCACUUUGAUGGAGGGUCUAUCCCAGCUGAAAUCUCUUAGGGUUCUUAACCUGUCGAACAACCGAAUCAAAGAAAUUAAGGGAUUAAAGGGAUUGGUGUCCAUCCGAAAGCUUAUUCUUUCCCACAAUCAGAUCAGCCUUCUUGGUGGACUAUCAUCUCUGCAAGGACCCUCGUAUUCAUUGCAGUAUUUGGAUCUACGGGACAAUCUUGUCGAGUGUCUUAGCGAGUUAUGGAUGUUGGGAGGUUUAUCGCACUUGGAAGAGCUGGUUUUGCAGUGUGGUGGUUACACCAAUCCUGUUUGCAAAGCAAAUGAGUAUAGAUUAACUCUAUUUUCUGUUGCUCCGCACAUACGUAGUUUAGAUGGUAGCUCCUUCCUGGACAGCAGUGCUCCCUUAAUAAAACUAGAUUCUGUCUCUCCCCUUCGAAAAAUUCAACAUUUAUAUCCUUGCCACCAAAAUCCUGCUAAUCCGGAGCCUAAAACGAUACGAUUUUCGUUAGGUGAUCGACAUCUUUCCUGCACUCUAGGUACAAAACCAGCACCAGUCGUUCAGCACGAACAUACUGAAUUCCCUGUGAGGCUAAUGUUUGAUAGUAGCAAAAACGACACUGGAACCGGCCGGAGUAAUUGUUGUGAGAACGGCUGCAUUCUCCAAAACCAGAAACCGGUCGGUUGUUAUGUACUUCGCCACAAAUCUUCGCAGCAUGAAUCUGAUCCUUAUCAGGUUUACUAUGUACAAAAGGGUCAUGAUCCAGGCGGCAAUCAAAUGCAAGGAUCGGAGGGAUCUGUGCAUACCAACACGCAGAACUUGACGUUCAAUGCAGACUGUAACGCAUCACUUCGGAAGGGGAGCAGAGAAUACGAGGUCGUGCUCAAGGAGCCUGGAAAUUCGGUCUUGAAUUUUGGAGCCCAGCAUCCUGAGGCAACUGUGCCCAAGGAUGAGUUUCGCAAUAAAGGUGUACACUACAACACACAUCCACGGAGUAUCCCAAAGAGUGUUGAAGACCGCGAAAACUCGUUCGCAGGGGCUGCUACCAGGGCUGAUGCUGGUCGGUAUGUACGGUUUGUCGAUCGAAGUACUAAUUCACUGCUGGAAAAAACAACUUGUACAAUGAGGGACUUAGCGACCCAGACGGAAACAGAGAUCAUGCCUGCUUUGGAUCAGGUUUGUCAGACCAACUGCCUGCAAUCCAAGUUGAGUAAGAUUAGUGUGGGAAUAGAUGGAAACUCGUCCUACACCGAGAUUGAGAAGCCGCAAUAUCCAGCAAGGUUAGAUAUUUAUGAGAAGGAUAAUGAAAUACUAUACUGCAUUAAAGAGAAGAAAUUGUUAGAAGAUGAGUUUGCGGCAUUCAAGCUACUGGUGGAUCAAGAGAGGAACAAUUGGCAGAUUCAUGACGAGCACAAGUUGAUGGCUUUUGCAAGUUUAGAAAUAAAUCUUAAGGGUUGCCAGUUGGAGUUAAGAAAUGUGCGAAACACAGUGGCGCAGACUGAGAGACGAUUGAUUGCAGAAGUGAAAAAUGUUGAAUCCAGCCUUGUAUCGGAGGAGACUGUAAAGUUUUGUGCUUUAAAUGCUGAGAUUAUGGCCUCUAAGGAGGCUUUGAACUCUGCAAUGAAUGCCUCCCAGACAGUUGGCGAGGCAUUAACUGAUGCGAAUCAUCAGAAGGAAAGAGCUAAGCGGGCACUUGUAUCAUUAACAGCAGCUCUAGACGAGCAACGCAGUAAAGUCAAGUUGGUUACAGAGCUGCUGGAUAAAUGCACCCAGGAAGAAAGAAGGAGCAGACGAGAAUGUAGUCGCCUUAAAGAAGAGUUGAAUUUUGUGUGUCAAGAGUUGAGGAAAAACAAGCAAAGUGGUGUAAGGGAUCUGAUUCAGGAGAAAGCUCGUUGCUGGGAGGAAGUUGAGAAGGAAUCGCAGCAAUUUGCGGAUGAGUUGCAUCAUCGGCUUGUAAUUACUCACACCAUGAUUUGUCUCUUCCGACAAGAAAACGACAAAAGUCUGUCCAAUAUGAGAAAAUUGCGGGAUAUGAUGAAUGAGAAGAUGGAGGAGCUGAGGAAAGGAUUCGAAGCAGCCAUUGAAAAGGAGAGAGGAGGUGAUGAUCUAAUCGCAGAAUUAUCGUACGUAGUUUCUGCUCAGAAAAAUAGGUUGGAGCGCAUGCAACAUGAAUUGGCCUGUCUCGUUGCAAACAAACAGGCAGUUGAAAACCUGCAAGCGGAGAUAGUUCAGUUAAAGCAGAAGAUCAGUGCGUCAGAACAGAGAGCAGUGGAAGUUGAGGCACUGAAAUGUGAACUAGUAAAUGCGACUAGCAUUGCAGAGAGAGAGCGAAGAGCCCUUGAAGAAGCAACUUGCGCGCGGUUUUCAUCCCUAGUAAAGGAGAAUGAGAGGCUUGCUGCCAAAGCUUCUUCCUUGGCUCUCAAGUUCCAAGAGACUCAGAACGUUAUCAAGGUAAAAAUUGAAGUUUGUGAAAGUCAGGAGGCCAUGAUACAGCAGCUGAAGACUGAGCUUGUGGAGGCCAAGAAUGCAGCCCGCAUAUCAGAGGCAAAUAUCAAAGUAAUUGAAGCUGACUUGGUUAAACGUCUGCAUGACGAGGUGGAGCAGAAAUGUGAGUUGCGUACUGAACUGACUUCUCAAGAAAAUACCAUUUCAGAUAUGGAGGAAGAACUGGAGUUAAUGAAAAGUGCAAAAUGUGCAGCUGAACAUGCCUGUAAAUCACUUCAACAUAGAGUGAAGGACGUCGACCUAUUACUGAGGCAUGUGGACGAGGAGAUCAGUAGUGUGAAGUCUUUAUACGAAGACAGAGAGAAAUCCAUUGCUUUUGAAAGGGAUAAUGCCCUCGCAAAGGUUACAGCUAUACAGAAGAAAUUGGAAGAAUCAGAGGCAGCAACUGCGGCUGCAAUGCAAGCACAUUUUGAAUCAACCAAACUUAUGGAGGCGAAAGAGCACAAGACUGCGACCUCUUUAAUCCAGAAGGAUAUUCUCAUUGAGGAUUUGAAGAGAAAAGUUCUUGAGGCAGAGGAAAAAUUGCAUGCUCGUGAUUUGGCUUUAGAAGCUCAGAAGGCAAUAUCUUCUGCUAAGGUGAACCAGUUGGGAAAAGUUCUCGAAGAACUACGAAAGGUGACGUGAUUCAAAAAGCAGACAAGAUGAGAUGCAUUCAACGAUUGGAACACCUUCAACGAGAUUUCAGUAUGGGUACUUCCAGUUCGAUUUGGUCGCCCAAAGAGAAAAUGCUCUCACAAUAGUUUCUUUCUGCGACCAAUGGACUACCUAGAAGCUCUGAAAGAAUCUGAUCUGGCGAACGUCUUCUCUAAAGCUUUCAAGCCAGUCAUGACCAUGGAAAGUUUUAGAAUCCAAGGCAUAUGAAAGGAAUUCGACAUACAACUGGGCUGAAGUUUUGGAACAGACACCAAACGAAAAUCAACAACAAAUGUAUGUAGAUAAAUGUUACACGGCACGUGUUUUCACUCAAGGCGCAACACUGAGCAUCUCAUUUUGUAAAAAUAAACUAAGAAAUAAGUGUACCUAUGCACUUCAACAA